AUGUCCUCCUCUGAAGCAAAAACCAUAGGCAUCGCCGGCGUAGGCGGCAAGUUCGCUCAAUGCAUAAUCAAGUCCCUCCUCCUCAACCCAUCAGUCCACAUCAAAGGUUACUGUCGCAACGCAUCCAAACUUCCCACAAUAUUGACCACCCACCCUCGAAUUAAGAUCGUGACCGGAUCCUAUGACGAUAUAACCUCAAUCCAAAACUUCGUUUCCGGUACCUCCGUCGUCAUAUGUUGUUAUUUUGCCUCGACAGAGGUAAUGACCAACGGACAAAAAUAUCUUAUCAAUGCCUGCGAAGCGGCAAAGGUACCCCGCUACAUAGCCGGAGAUUUCUCUGUUGAUCACACACUCAUUCCAUCUUCACGCAUUCAUCUCUUCCCCAAGCCAACUACGAAGAUUAUCGAAUAUCUUUCUACUAAGAAAUCGGUCAAGGGAGUGCAUAUUCUCAAUGGCGCGCUGAUGGAAACUUUCUGGGCGGAAUUCUUCCAGCUAUAUGAUUCAUCCUCUCAAACUCUCUCGUACUGGGGAGCAGGGGAUGAAAAAUGGGAGUUUACUACAUAUCAGACCGCAGCAGAUUAUACAGCUGCAGUUGCUUUGGAUGAAAAUGCUGUGGGAAUAUUCAGAUUCCUCGAGGAUCGAAAGUCCCCUCGCGAACUUCAAUCCAUCUUUCAAACCGUCUAUUCCACUCCACUUCAUCUCAAGUCCCAUGGAUCUCUAAUUGACCUCGAACAGAAGCUUGAAGAGGUCGUAAAUACACAUGGCGAAGAUACAUCUCAAUGGGGCGCAUUAGGAUUUGCAUUCUGGUGCACAAACGGGAAAGCAUAUUUGGGGGAAGAUAGCAGUAAUCUUGAAAAUUCCAAAUAUCCUAAAGUGAAAAAUGUUACUAUGGAGCAGUUUUUGAAACGUCAUGCUUUGGAGGAGCUUCCGCUUGCGGAUCAAAGCUUGGGUUUUGCGUAG